AUGCUAUACGUCUGCUGCUCGAUCUGCGCGAGCGCGAGCCCGAGUCAGUCGAGCGCCGCCGCCGCGACACUCCGCCAACUUUUUGUCUCGCAUUUCGAGUGCUCGGAGUCGAUGACGGUGCAUUUCACCGACUAUUGGAACCUCGUCCACUUGUCCCAGUACCUCUUGCGUGCGAGCCGCGAGCCGAGCGAGGUGUCACGGACCGAAGGUGUCGCCGAUGUUGUCUUGAGCAUCGUUCAAAUGAUCGAAAGCAAUGCCGCCACCUCCAACCCCGCAAAUGCGCUCUCGGAAGCAUUUGUGGCCAACAUCCUCGCCGCCCAAGCACAGAUCACGACGUCGUACAAGCUGCUGACGCUGCUCGAUGACAUUUGCCUCUCGACGCACUGGGCCUUUCAGAUGUACCUGGACGAGCUGCAUCGCGCAUCGCGCGACGUGACCAUGCGCAAGCCCAAGCGCUUAGGCACGCUGUACCACACGCGUCUCUUCUCUCGUGCGAAAUCCAUGACGGCCAUCGUGCCCAGUCGCACUCCGACGCGCCAUGCGGGGCUCUCAGUGCAAAAGGUCACAUCCUUCUUGUUGCAAUCCAAGCAAGCCAACUUGAUUGGGCCCGACAUCGUCGCUGCCAUCAAGAAACGAAAGGCGGAGGAAGCCAUGCUGCUCGUCCAGGUUGCCAUGAUCAUGAACGAAGGCUGCCGCGACCACUUGAGCCUGCAAGAGCUCGGCCCCGGUACAGUUACCGUUCUCAAGACGCUUCUCUACACUCUGAGAGACCAGCCCAUGCUUCGGGCGCAUAUCAAGCACCGGCUCAAGCCAGCUGAGGCGAACUACUUAAAGCACCUCGAGCUUCUCUUGGCACCGAAACACAGCUCCGGACUGCGCAUCGCCAUCCUAUCGACGGGAAAAAUUGCACCUUCCAAGCUUGCGCGCUAA